UCUGAAAAUGUACACAUCGAUACGGAGACACAUCGAUACGGAGAAACAUCGAUACGGAGACACACCGAUACGGAGACACAUCGAUACGGAGACAGAUCGAUACGGAGACACAUCGACACGGAGACACAUCGAUACGGAGAAACAUCGAUACGGAGACACACCGAUACGGAGACACAUCGAUACGGAGACAGAUCGAUACGGAGAAACAUCGAUACGGAGACACAUCGAUACGGAGACACAUCGAUACGGAGACACACCGAUACGGAGACACAUCGAUACGGAGACACAUCGAUACGGAGAAACAUCGAUACGGAGACACAUCGAUACGGAGACACAUCGAUACGGAGACACACCGAUACGGAGACACAUCGAUACGGAGACACAUCGAUACGGAGACACAUCGAUACGGAGACACAUCGAUACGGAGAAACAUCGAUACGGAGAAACAUCGAUACGGAGACACAUCGACACGGAGACACAUCGACACGGAGACACAUCGAUACGGAGAAACAUCGAUACGGAGAAACAUCGAUACGGAGACACAUCGAUACGGAGACACAUCGACACGGAGACACAUCGAUACGGAGACACAUCGACACGGAGACACAUCGACACGGAGACACAUCGAUACGGAGACACAUCGAUACGGAGAAACAUCGAUACGGAGACACAUCGAUACGAACACAUACGAAUUUUCGCCGCAUUUAAGGGUUUAUAUAAAAAAAGUCCUUGAAGUUCUUUAGAUAUUCCCGAUCAAAUAGAAACUAUAAUGCUAAAGCGCUUCAAUCUUUAAAAAACCUGGAUUCUGAAAUGCUUGUCUGCGAUUUUGCUCCAAGGAGAACAGACUUAGGCGUAGUUUAGACAGCGCGUUAUGGGCGCAGCGAAUUAAAUUCAAUUAGAUGCGCUCAAAAUGUGCCCGUAGAACGCUUCAAUUUAUUGUUUGCUUUUAGACAGCGAAGCGAAUUGAAUUGAUUCAUAUUUUGAUUCCUAACGCGCUGAUAAUGCGCCCAAGUGAGCGCAUUAUGAGCGAAUUCAAUUAUUUGCUUCGCUCUCGGAUUUAGUCAGCGAAUUAAGAUCGCAUUAAAUUGACACUCACAAUAUUUUAUGGUCAAUAAUUUAAUUCGCUGCGCCCAUAAAGCGCUAUCUAAACUACGCCUUAGUUUGCAACUUUUGACAACUGUUUAUUAUUUUUAGAUAUUUGAUUACAAAUUUGGAAAAACAGUUUUCACACGUAGAGCUUCCUUGCCUCACACAAUUCAGAAUAUAAACGUUAGAGGUAUUGUGAAGGAAAUAGACAGUUGUAUGAUGUGGUCAGCUAAAAAAAGCUACAUAUGAUGGUAAUUGUGUUUGAUUAGCCAACCGUUGCUACGUAAAAACGCCAUAGCUUUUCCAAACACAUUAACAAAAUAGGGUGUUUUCCCGAAAUUCUGAAGGGUGUGGUCAGGAAACAUUUUCUCCUCUUUGCUCCUCUAAUCUUCAUAACUUGUCUAUGCCACUGCUUCUUAUCUUCCUUACCUUAAAGUUGUAUUGUAUUGUAUUGUAGAUUAUUUAACGUUAGUUUUUACAAUAGUGAAUAUACACUAAUUAAGACUAACAUGAAGCAAUUUCAAGGAUUGCAUAAGACAGUUCAUUUACCGCAAAACGAGCAUGCGCACUUGUUUUCAAGGAACCAAGUUUUGAUCAAAUUCUUAAAUUGUCUAUUUUGUGCUGUCUUUAUUGAUUCCGGGAGUUAAUUCCAGAUUUUAGGCCCUUGAAAACUGAAUGAUCUGAUACCAUUAUUGGUAGUUCUGGCUUUUGGAAUGUCAAGGGGGUUUUUGAAUCGAAGGUUAUGACCUGUUGUUUUGUGUACAAAAUAGUCUUUCAUGAAAACAGGAUUAAGGUUUUUAAGUGUUUUAUAAACUUCGAGCGCUAAAAUUCUAACUGAUUGGACAUGUAUGGUAGUUUCUUUUGAGUUAGCAAGUAAAUCUUUGUACGAAGAUGAAUAGUCCGAAUAGGCUAGUCUUAAAGCCCUCUCGUUAAUUUUCUCUAGCUUAUCAUGACUUCCUUUACCACAUAGCAUCCAUAUCAAUGGACAAUAAUUGAAGUGACAUAGUAUAAAUGAAUUCAUAACUAUCUUUUUUUCUGUCACCCAUAAAUCUUGCCAAUCUUUUCAAAGAAUGUAACCAUUUACCAGUGACCUGAAGGGUGUGGCACCAAGAUUAGUGUCCAAAACCCCCAAUCAUUGUUGCUUAAAUCUGUCCCUGCAACUUGCUUUCCAGUUUACCAUAUUUAACUUACUUUGAGCAGUAGGUGUCCUUUAUUACAUUUGAUUUCACCUUUCUUUUCAAACUUUGAGGUGCGAGGAUGGCCCUGGCAUUGGAAUAACUAAGUGUGGUCACAUCGAAAGAAAGGACCAGUACACUCCUCGAUAUGCAUAGCUUUUCAAUGUCCUAAAAACUACAUUUGAAUGCUUGGUGAAAACAAAUACAUGAAAAACAAUUAUUAUCUUUAAUCAACCUUAACUUAGUCCUGUUGUUACUUUUUCUGUUUUCUUCUUUCUGAUGUACUACGAUAUGUUUCUGUAAAUUAUCAUACUGUUACUGUUUGAGGUGGUUGACAUUAAAAAUCUAAUGAAAGCCCCCCUCAAAUAUGCGCCCUUUCGUGUAUGCGGUCCCUAAGAAGCCAGCGCCCGAGGUGCUAAUUCGAGGAUUUACAGUAAAUUGCAAAUCAAUAGAGCGGAUAGGAAAGAAAAUGGCAAACUCCGGCCCGCGUUCCAGUUUUCGUUGGCCCGCAACAAGUUUUGAAAAUGAAAUUAAAUACAGCCCACACUUAGUGUUAAUAGCAAUUGAUUCAUCUUACAGUGCCAUUGGGGGGGGGGGGCUGCCCAUUGUUUUCCUCCUCAUUCAGUACACUGUUAUAAAGGAAACAUACUACAGCUUGACAAUUAUUGGGGGGGCUCCACCCCCCAGCCCCCCCGGUCUUGACGGGCCUGUCUUAUGAUGACUGGAUCAUUCGAAUUCUUGAACAAGACCUCAAAAGGCAAAGAACAGCUGGUGAUAUUCCUGUAUACCAUACACAUGAAAGCCUUUUGUGUAAAGCUCCGCCUGUUUUAGACACAGCUACAAAACCUAAGGUUGACCUUUCUGCUAAGAAGGAAAAAUAUGUCUGUCAUUGCAUUUCUUAUUAUAGAAUUCA